AAACUUUUUCGCUAAAAGGACAAAGGAACUCAAACCUGCUGCCCAAAGUGCUCCUGGUUGGAAGUUGUUUGGAAAAGUGCCACCCAGGGAAAACCUUCCAAAAGAUUCCAAAAUUAUUCAGCAGGAUGACAGUUCUGGCAGUCUUGCGUCAAUAUCUGCUCUCAGUCUAUUAAACACAGGGGAAUAUGAAGCACGGACAGGAAGAAUGUAUAAACCUCCACCCCCAUCAGCAAGACGUAAAAACAUUGAAUUUGAACCACUUUCAACUACUGCUUUGAUUCUGGAGGAUCGACCAGCAAAUCUUCCUGCCAAAUCUGUGGAAGAGGCUUUACGUCACCGACAAGAGUAUGAUGAGAUGGUGGCAGAGGCAAAAAAACGAGAAAUUAAAGAAGCACAUAAAAGGAAAAAAAUAAUGAGAGAGCGUUUCAAGCAAGAAGAGAAUAUCGCUAGCGCUAUGGUGAUUUGGGUCAAUGAAAUACUACCUAACUGGGAAGGCAUGCGUGCUACCCGAAAAGUUCGAGAGCUGUGGUGGCAGGGAUUACCCCCACGUGUACGUGGGAAGGUUUGGAGUCUAGCUGUGGGAAAUGAAUUAAAUAUCACUCCUGAACUUUAUGAAAUCUUCUUGUCAAGAGCUAAGGAACGAUGGAAAAGCUUCAGUGAGACGAGUACUGAGAAUGACAUUGAAGAUGCAGGUGCGUCUGUUGCUGAUCGUGAGGCCAGUCUGGAGCUGAUUAAGUUGGAUAUAUCGCGCACAUUUCCAUCCCUGUAUAUUUUCCAGAAGGGUGGUCCUUACCAUGAUCUCCUGCAUAGUGUUUUAGGAGCAUAUACAUGUUACAGACCAGAUGUGGGAUAUGUGCAAGGGAUGUCCUUCAUUGCUGCUGUGCUCAUUCUCAAUCUGGAAGAGGCAGAUGCUUUCAUUGCCUUUGCUAACCUUCUAAACAAGCCAUGCCAACUGGCCUUUUUCCGAGUGGAUCACAGCAUGAUGCUGAAAUACUUUGCAGCCUUUGAAGUAUUUUUUGAAGAAAACCUUCCCAAAUUGUUUCUUCAUUUCAAGUCAUACAGUCUUACCCCAGACAUAUAUUUGAUAGACUGGAUUUUUACACUCUACAGCAAGUCAUUACCACUUGAUCUGGCCUGUCGUGUCUGGGAUGUUUUCUGUAGAGAUGGAGAAGAAUUUUUGUUUAGGACAGGAUUAGGAAUCCUUCGGUUAUAUGAAGAUAUUCUCCUACAGAUGGACUUUAUUCAUAUAGCACAGUUUUUAACAAAGCUUCCAGAAGACAUUACAUCAGAAAAGCUUUUUACUUGUAUUGCAGCUAUUCAGAUGCAGAAUAGUAACAAAAAAUGGGCACAGGUGUUUGCCUCACUGAUGAAGGACAACAAAGAAGGAGAUAAGAAUCAUAGCCCAGCACUGAAAAGCUAAUCAUUGUAAUGCUGAGGUCAGUUGAAUAUGUGGAAAACCACCUGAUGACAGGAGUUUUCACAUGACUUCUAUGUGGAAAAGCACUAUAGAAAAUGUGAAAAUUAAGUGGAAAAAUGACACAACUCUCAGUGGAGUAACGAACUGAUGAAAUCUUCACCCUUUUGCCAGUAUUAGCUUUUGUCGUGGGAAGAUUUGUUUUCACACAGAAUACUAAAACCUAUGAAACUGAGAAGUGGGAGAGUUCAUAUUUAAUACUUUAAAAGUAUCAGCUCAAUGCAAUAAACAUUUGUAAUAACUUCUGUUGGUACUUUAAAAAAAAAUGUUGAGGCAUAACUUUUUUUACAAAUACCACAAAGGCACUUUUUGGGCGGGAUGAGGGAAAUGCUAAAUCUUAAGGCCCCAAAACUGCUAUCCAAACCAAAUGCUUUGGUACAAAUAUUACCUCCAAAAUUAACCAUUUGAAAGUACUGAGGACCAAAUACGGUUGUUUGGUGUUUAUGUGCAAGAUGGUUAAGAUUUGGGAAGGGGUAUUGUCUUUCUUACUUGUGUUGUUUUGUUUUUGUUUUUUUUUUAAGUUGCAGCUUCAUUCUUCAGUCUGGGCAAAUGUAAUUAACUCAGGAACUGUGGAAGUAUUGUGCCCAAACCUGUUAGAGCAAAAUCAUCUGAAUUCUAAACAGUGGUAAGAUCAGGGCUGCUAUUUUUAGAGUGUACAGCUUUCAAAGCGAGUGGUGUUAAGCAUUUGUUUUGGUGCAUUGGUUGUGCAGCUUAUUAAAAAUGGAGUGGGUAUUCUGUGAAAGGGUUUUGCCACCAGAAGUUUCCUUUUGUUGAGCCAUUUCCAACUAAGAAAUACUUGUAUGUAAUGGUGAACACUAGAAACUGAUAAAGCUAUC